AUGAAAAGUGCGCAAAUUGGGGUACUGGUGGCGAUGUGCGUGGUGUUUGUUGCCGUGGCUGCGCUGCUUGUAUUUCUCAUUGUGAGGUGGGGUCGCUUGGGCCGCAAACGGCUGGCAGAUAGCCUGGCCAACUCCGCAGCAUUAACGGAUGGACACGUGCUGCACUUCGUUGACAUGUCCAAUACCCUGCGCUCUGUUGAUAUCCAUGCGAUGUCCAUCACAGACGGCGUGUCGCUCCAGUCAGUGCUGGCUACGCUAUGUGGGCUGCAAGACCCCGAAACAAUAUCGCUCGUGUAUACAAACGAGGCAGGGUGUUGCGUUGAGGUGGAUCUCGACCGACUGGUGCGCCCCGACGCAGAGCUUCACGGCCGUUUGCGCCGGACAAUAGAGCAGCCGCUGCUCCUGACUAGGCAUGAGCAGGUCCUUAAGUCCCCUGCCAUGCCUGGGUCUGAGCAGUGGGCGCCGUCGGUGGGGAAUGCGCGUAACGCCUCCGAUGAAAUCGAAGUGAACUACAGACGCGACGCCGAUCGACUCUCCUCAAAGCGCGUGAGGCAUGUGGGCGCCGUUCGCCCUAUGUCCAGUGGCGGGAAUGUGCCGGCGCCCCUCAUAUUGCCGCGGCGCCGGCACAUUAGCUCCACGACGCAGGUAAGCAUCUUAGCGGUGCACUACGUUGUGGAGAGCGAGGGCACCGUGCUCGACGAACACGCGACCGCCGUCGUAGAAGAUGCGAUGGCGGGUGGCGUGCAGCGCACUGUGACACUGCCAAAUGGGGAACACGUCGCUGUAGAGCCCCGUGAGCGUGCGGCGUGGCUGCUCAACAACAGCAGAAGCAGCGGCACUCAGGAUGGCGCACUGCCGUUGAUUCGGAAGACAGCAGAAGUGCUGCAGUACACCAUUGACAACAUGAGCUCUGCACAAUGGUACCCGUACCGGCAUCCCUUCUUCCUUCCUCCGGGGCGCUGGUGUGUUCGUGCAGAGUCAUCGACCUUCGACCACCGAUUCAUCGAAACGAACUCCCGUGUAUUCACGGUUAAUGUUGUGGAGUAA